GUCUGACAAAGCUACUCUUCGGUGUGACGUUGAGGCGCCGGCGUUUUUGUUGUAGUUUUCUCAUUUACACACAGGUUAGGGGCAUUUUUACGUGUAUAAUUUUAUUGCUGUCCAAAAAAUGACAAACGUUGCCUUUAUCAAGAAAUGCAAAAUGCAAACUGUAGCAGGAAGUGAGGCAACAGCGGUGGAAAGGUGACCGAUCGUCCGAAGAAACCACCAAAUAUCUACUUUGAAUGCUUGUACGGAUGAGUGAGCAUGGACACACUAUCCAGCCACAGCUCCUACUUGCUGCAGCAACUCCAGGAGCAGAGGAUUCAGGGAAUGCUCUGUGACUGCAUGUUGGUGGUCAAAGGGGUCUGCUUCAAAGCCCACAAAAAUGUACUGGCUGCUUUCAGCUCUUAUUUCAGAUCUUUAUUCCAGAAUUCCCCCAGUCAGAAAAACGAAGUGUUCAACUUGGUCAUCCAGGAUGUCAGUGGCAUUGGCCAAAUAUUGGACUAUAUGUACACCUCCCAUCUUGACAUCAACCAGGAUAACGUACAAGCUCUCCUUGACAUCGCUCAGUGUUUGCAAGUUCCCAACGUCCAAAGCAUGUGUAACACUUUCCUUAAGCCUUGUCCCCCAGCGGUGGAAAUCCCAUCGUUUUCUCUCCCAGGCAUGCUGACGUCAGAGCACGACUGCCUCCUAGGAAGCAGCCUGCCUAGUGAUGUUGACCUCCACUGUCCCGCUGAAGUACCCAGACCUGGCUUCAUGGAGCAAACGAAACGAAUGCCUAUUUCUAUGCCCAAUGGCAGCUCAGGUGACUCAAGUAGCAGCAUCCAGUCACCUGUAGAAAAACACUUAGUCCACGGUUACAAGCUCCGUGAUUUCUACAGUAAGCAAUAUUUCAAGCAAAGUGCCAUUCAGGCCUCAAAUCAGGGUCCGGGACCUUCGAUUGUCGUGGAAGAGUCCCAGUGUCAGCUCGGACUCACCCAGGGAGGCAACCAGCCGCAUUUGUGCUCAGGAAACGCAAUUCAGCCCACCCCACCUUGCACAUCUUUGGCAGCCGACAAGAAUCACGUGGCUGCGUUGACACCUUCGGAUAGUUUAAACACCCCAAGCUCUGAGCACGCAGACGCCAUGCUCAGUGCGCCCGUGCGUCCGAAGAAGACAGUUUACCUAAAGAAAUACAACUACCUAGGUUCUCAAAAGGCAUUAGAGGAAAUGUUUGCAGAAUCGGUCAGCGAGCCCAUCCUUAACUGCCCCAAAGAAGAUUCUGUGGCCCAGAUUGUGGCUCAAGAAGCCCCUGUUGAAAAUCUUGUGAAUGUCAGGGAAGACGCACCCAAGACGCCAUCAGAUGCGGAAAUCCCCAGACCACCACCCACAAACCAAGAGGAGCAAGGUUUGCAGAUUGCGCCAGAACCACCGCAGCAAACAGGCCACAAAUAUUCCUGCAACAUGUGUGGGAAAGUCUUCAAACACCCGAGCAACCUGGAGAUGCAUAAACGCUCGCAUACAGGCGAGAAGCCAUUUGAGUGCAACGUUUGUGGAAAGAACUUCUCACAGGCUGGAAAUUUACAGACACACUUGCGACGCCAUUCUGGAGAGAAACCCUACAUCUGUGAGUUAUGUGGCAAAAGCUUCACUUCAUCCGGGGAUGUCCAACGUCACAAAGUGGUGCACACAGGAGAAAAGCCACAUCUGUGUGAUAUAUGUGGUCGAGGAUUCAACAAUUUAAGCAAUCUCAAAGAACACAAGAGGACACACGUCACAGACAAGACGUUUACGUGUGACCAGUGUGGAAAAUCCUUCAACACGCACAGGAAACUUUUGAAGCACAAAGCCUGCCACGGUGGCGAGAAACCACACAGUUGUGACACCUGUGGGAAAUGCUUCAUUGGCUCAGGGGAUUUGCAGCGUCACAUCCGCUCUCACACUGGAGAAAAACCCUACCUCUGCAACACCUGUGGGAAAAGCUUCACUCGCUCAGCCAUGUUGAGGAUACACAGCAACAUGCGCUGCAAAGGCGCACCAGCUGAUGGCGCCGUCACACAUAACUCUGACCAGACUGGUAGCGCAGAUGCGGCUGUCUCGCUUACCAAAACUGUCUGCCAGGAUGAUGGCACAAGUGAGCAGCCUUUUCCUGCUAUGAUGCCUCACGCAGGACUUGAGAAGCCUUCACCACCCACCCCAACACCCCACGUUGAGACAACACCUCUGAGUGUCCAUCUUAGUCCAGCUUCUACUCCAACCUCCCUUCCAGAACUGCGCUCCCUUGUGCCACAUCACCUCCUCGCUUCCUCCCACCAGGACAGGAGCACGGCGCUACCUGGCCCGGAUCACAUGAAGCUGCUCAAACCGCACGGCUCCCAAGAGGUGGAAUAUGGGCCUUAUGCGGAGACUGGACCUAUGGGUAGUGAGAUAGGGAGAGGUGGGUUAGGCAAGCCUUACCUGUCUGUUCAAGACAGUUGCUGUGCUACUCGGUCCAGUAGUGGCUUAUACCGGGCUAGUGAAGCUAACUUCAUCUCAAGUGUAACUCUCUGGGGUCUAGCAAUGAAAACUUUGCAGAAUGAUAAUGAAAUUGAUCAAUAACGCUCGGAACAAAUGACACUCAUCUUGAAAAGUGCGUCCGAAGAUACUCAGGUGGUAUGCUGAAAUGGUGUUACAGAUUGAGUUUUUAAAUCGCACCUUUUUAUUAUUUUCUUGGCCAACAGCAACUAUGCAUACAAUGUACGUAUUUGCUCACAGUUGAUUUACUCACCUGCUAUUAUUAUUUAUUUCAUAAUUAUUCACUAUCUUUUAUGUCAGCAGUUUCUGCUAAGGCAGAAUGGAUGUUUGUCAUCUAUAUGCGCCAUGUGAUUGACUGGUUACUCGUCGAGGUGUACCAUGGCUCAAUCAAAAUCAACUGUGAUGAGUUACUGGAGUUCUAAUGAGGACCAGUUUUAUAAAAAUAUGGAUGUUUCUACCAAA